AUGGAUUCGCCACCACAGCCAGAUCCCCAACAAGUUCAACAACAGCAAGGUCAACCACAACCAGGACCAGUACAAAUUCAACUCAGAUUACCAAAUGGCCAACAACCAACUCCAGAACAGUUACAGAUGAUGCAACAGCAAAUUGCUCAUGAUGCACAGCAAGCUGGAAUGUCGAUACCUGAUUUCAUAGCAAAGAUCAGAGCCCAACAACAAGCCCAGCAACCAUCUCCAGAACAAAUGCAAGCAAUGCAGAAACAAUUGGCUCAAGAUGCAGAAAAGGCUGGUAUGAGUGUACCUGAAUUUGUCGCAAAGAUUAGAGCGCAGCAACAAGCUCAGCAACAAGCCCAGCAACAAGCCCAGCAGCCAUCUCCAGAACAAAUUCAAGCAAUGCAAAAACAAUUGGCUCAAGACGCAGAAAAGGCCGGUAUGACUGUACCUGAAUUUGUGGAAAAAUUAAAGGCGGAUGCAAUGGCUCAACAGCAAAAGCAAAGAGAAGCUGCAAUGCAACAGCAGCAGCAACAACAACAACCUCAACCAAUUCAACCAGGUCCUCCCAAUCCAGCAGCUAUUGCUCUCGCAAACUUUCUGAUGAGCCAGGAUUUGAAAACGAGAACAUGUAUCUUGAAUGGUCAAAGAAAGGAGAUGUUCAAAGUAAAACGUGCCCUUCGAGCAAUUCAAUCGCCAGCCUAUGAACAAGCUCGCAAAAAGAACCCACUCCUUCCAGAAGUUUCCGAUCGCGCGUCGCUUGAAAACUGCUUCAAACUUCUUCCACUUUCCCUCCUUGCACUGCGUGUUUCGAAAGCCGAUCCUCAUGAAGGUCAUGAUCAUGCUCCUGGUGCUCAUACUAUAAAGCGGGUGAAAGGACUUUGGACUGUAAAGAUUGAACAACAACAAGAAUGUAAGGAGGAGCUUCACUUUGUAUGGCUUUACGAAGGUACACAAAUCAAACAGAAAUUAUACGCCGCUGGAGCAUUAGCGAUUGUAUUUGCAGUUGUCAUGUUUCCACUUUGGCCCGUUAAGAUGAGGUUGGGUGUGUGGUAUCUAAGUAUGGGUAUGCUUGGAUUAUUGGGAUUGUUCUUUGCGAUGGCCAUUGUCAGAUUGAUUUUGUUUGGAAUUACGAUGUUUGCAGUACCUCCUGGAUUAUGGUUAUACCCGAAUUUGUUCGAGGAUGUGGGAUUCUUUGAUAGUUUCAGACCCGUCUGGGGUUGGCAAGAGGAGAAAAAGAAGAGUAAGAAGAAGUCUAAGUCAAGUGGCUCCGCAAAUGCGGGCGCUACGAUGGCAGCAAUGACAGGACAACCAGCUCCAGCAUCGGCAACUACAACAGGAUCAGCAGCACAGAUUUUAACUGGGGGAACUACACAACGAAGUCUAGCACCAAGAGUUGAGGAGGUCUUUGAUGAAGAGUAA